AAAAACUGUACGGCACUGAAAAGGUCCUCGGUCCUCGGAGAAUGUGUCAUGCAUUACCAAAAAGCUCCAUCGGGUGGCGACAACUAAACCCGAAGGUUUGAAAGCACCGAGCGAAAAAGACGUUGCUUCCCGAGGAGGGCAGAGUCAUGUUAAAUCAACGAAACAUCAAACGUUUCUUGGUUUAGAGAAGACAAGGUGACCCAGCGUUGUUGUGUAACUUGUACCGGUGAUGUCAAGAUAAUCAAUGGUGCCGUUAAAGCGAAGAAAAGUGCCCUCAUCUGCCAGCAGCGACAGCAGCCCAGAUGUAGCCUGCAAGUUCCCGCAGGUUGUUUUGUUCCUCCUGGAGAGGAAGAUGGGAUCCAGCAGAAGAACUUUUCUCACCGACCUCUGCCGUAAAAAAGGCUUCAGAGUAAACGAGACGUUCAGUGAAAGUGUCACACACGUCAUCUCUGAGAAGAACAAAGGUGAUGACGUCAGAAGGUGGCUGAGGUCACAGGGUCAUGACCUGACAAUUGCUCAUCUUGUGGACAUCGGCUGGUUGACAGACAGCCUGAGGGCGGGACAUCCUGUAGACAUACUGGAGGGACACAAACUACACACAACAGACUACACACAAUCUACACACAAGCUGACAUCGAGUGGAGGUGAGGUGACGACACGCUCCAUUCCCGCUUACGCUUGUCAGAGGAGGACUACCCUGAGCAACCGCAACACCAUCUUUACCGAUGCUUUGUUGCUGUUGGCUGAAAAUGCUGAGCUCAGCGGUGAUGAUGGGCGAGGCCUGGCGUUCCGACGCGGUGCCGCUGUGUUGAAGGCUCUUCCCGAGGCGGUGACGGACAUGAGACGGCUCCGAGGGUGUCCCUGCUUGGGAGAACACUCGCUGAGGGUCAUCCAGGACAUUUUGGAGACUGGAGUGUCCCGUGAGGUCGAGUCCACAAAGCAGUCUGAGCGUUACCAGGCCAUGAAGGUUCUGACAGGAAUUUUUGGAGUUGGGUUAAAGACGGCAGAUCAGUGGUUCCGUGAUGGCAUCCAGAACAUUCACCAGUUACGUCACUCAGGACGCACGCUCAACCGAGCGCAGCAAGCAGGUCUGGCCCACUAUGAUGACCUCAUGCAGCCCAUCACAAAGGCGGAGGCUGACGUCAUCGCGAACAUUGUGGAGGAAGCGGUCCAGGCGGAGCUGCCGGGGUCGCAGGUCACUCUGGUGGGCGGGUUCAGGAGAGGGAACCCGAGCGGCCAUGAUGUGGACUUCCUCAUCACGCACCCGCAGGAAGGACGGGAAGAGGGCGUCAUUGCUAAGGUGGUGUCCCGCUUGGAGGCGCAGGACUUCCUGUUGUACCAAAAGACUACCAGAAACUCUUACAUGAAGUCCAACGAUGGUCCUGCUCGGCCCGCCUCCAGCAUGGACCACUUUGAGAGAUGUUUGUGCAUCUUUAGACUCACCACGGGGGAGCAACACGAACCAAAAGCAUGCACACAAGCUCCAGGUGAAGACAGCGAAGGACGAGCAUCGAAGAGAGCAGUUCGAGUGGACUUGGUGGUCUCGCCUUUCAGCCAGGUCGCCUUUGCCCUGCUGGGCUGGACCGGCUCCAAGUUGUUCGAGAGGGAGCUGCGGCGCUGGGCGACCCGAGAGAAGAAUAUGUCCCUGAGCAGCCACGCCUUGUACGACAAUAAACAGGGUCGAUACCUGAAAGCAGCCACAGAGGAGGAGAUAUUUGCUCAUCUCUCUCUGGACUACAUCCCACCUUCUGACAGGAACACCUAAGCCAUCAUUAUUGUGAUGACGAUGAUGAUGGACAGCAGCUUCGGAACCUUCUUUCUCUCUGGUCACAUGACUACAUAAAAGAACAGUAGUAUUGGUGGCGAGCUGGUGCGAAGUCAUGACACGGUUCAUUCCUUUUACUGACUCCAGGUCUUACGAGUCACUCACUGAAGUGAAUCGGGCACUGAAAAUACUCGCUUUAUCUCCACGAAGCGCAUGCACAGAAACUCACAUGCCCAACAAGUUGCACUCGUGAGUCAGUGAAACAUCGACUCAAACUACCUUGGCGAUCUACCGGUAGCUCGCGAUCGACGUAAUGGGCACCCCUGGUCUAGGCAGUCAGAAUAAGGGAAGUCAAACAGUAAAUGAGGUGUCUCAUGCCAGUGGAAGCCACAGUUACAGGAUGCUAGCUGGUGUGGUGGAAGUUCAGUGUAAAUAAAGGCUACAGAAUGCAGCUUUAUUUAUGUGCACAGUCCAUCUCUGCUAGCAACAUCCAAGAGAUCUUCUCAACCCACACAACGCACUUCACGCCUUCAAAAUAAGAGUGCUUUGGGCUACAUGUUAUUUACUUUGUGGUGAAAAAAUGAGGUUGUCCUAAAAAGUAGCUUACACCAACAUUGAGGCAGCAAACAGUAUAUUAGUAUGCUAGUAGUAGUAAGUAUACAAGUACUAGUCCUAAUAUGCUAGCUCAGCUGAAACAUGCAGCCUGUGUACUUUUCAUAACAAUUGUUUGAUAGUGUGCACGGUGGUGAGUGGAUGUGUAAAUACCUGCAGCAUCACACACUCACUAACACUUGCACAGCAUGCGUGUACCAUCAGCUUUUCAAAAGCAAAAGCUUUUGUCAAAGUCUCCUCUUGUACAAAGAAACCUGAUGACAUUUCUAUUCAAGUGGAAUGUUUUGAUAUUUAUAUUGUGCUUGAAUAUACAUCUGUGACACACUCAGUAAAGGUGAUCAAUAAUUCAUAUCAUUCAAAUUUGUCAUUUCAUCCAAAAAGAAUUUAAACCACGCAAAUUUUUUGACUCUGCCUCUUAAAAACAUCCAAAACCAGGAAUGGCCAUCGGAACCUUAUCGUUGAAAUUCAAACGAUGCCCAACCCUACCUGUGAGUCAGUGAAUUUGAGUCAUUGCUAGUUUUGAACGAUUUGUUCAUCACUCGCACAUCUCUAGUGUGAAGGCCAAAGAGCAGGGGCGUGCAGCGUGCAGCCCGGGGGCCUUUUUUACUGUCCCCCCAGGUAAUGUUCUACACAUGAAAUGAAACAGGAAAAAUCACGGAGGAGGAAUAGGGCCACAUUCAAAAGGGAAGAAGUUAAAAUAUUGAACAAGAGUACUGAAUUGAAUUGAAUAGCUUAGCACUUGUUGACACAUA